AUGGAGGAGUCAAUUACACGAGUAACCGAAAAAAAUGCUGUAGUCCGAGAUUGGCCUUUGAGGACUCAAAAAGUGAAAGGGGACAGUUUGAAGGAAGGAUACACCUCUGAUCUUCCUGAGCGUGUGACUUUGAAUGCUUGUCAGAACGAUCUCGAAGACUUGAAUAGGAUUUGGAAGCAGUGGGACUCAGAUACUAGAAGCAUCUUCACUGAAAAGUAUGGGGAUAUAGCUCACUUGAUAGCAAUCGAUGUGAACGAGCAGUUGAUCCAAGCCAUGGUUCGAUUUUGGGACCCGGCCUAUCAGUGUUUUACUUUCAAUCAGGAAGAUACGACUCCGAACAUAGAAGAGCAUGCCGCUUUACUUCGUAUCGAUAAUGUGCAACUCAACAAGAUAUAUGUGAAGAAGCCUAAACCAAUGACCUUCAAGAAAAAGCUAAUGAAGUUGAAGGGGAUGACUGAUACAUGGGCUGAAAAACAAAUAAAGAAGAAGAAUGAAGUCAGUUGUGUUCCGUGGUUUUCUCUGCGGGAGUUAGUUCAGAAUCAUCUAGAUGUGUUAAAAAGAGUAGAUUUGUUUGCCUUGGCCGUUUACGGACUGGUUGUCUUCCUGAAGGUUCUUAGGCAUAUUGAAGUUGCGGUUGUGGAUUUCUUCGAAAAGUUGAGGCAAAGAGUCAACCCGGUCACAACCAUCUUGGCUGAGACUUUUAGAUCUCUAAAUGCUUGUAGGAGAAAAUGGGAAGGACGUUUUAUCGGAUGCGCUCAGUUACUGAAUGUUUGGUCUUUAGCCAUUUUUGAAAGAUAUAACUUGGAGAGCACCUUGGAUCCGUCCCUCUGUUGGGUGCCUUUACUAGGAUUAUGGGGAGGAGUUGGAUAUGCUCCAUUGUUGGUUCAAAGACAGUUCGCUUCGAGACAGUUUGUACCAGUUACUGAUGGAUUGGCACAAUCGGAGUUUGCCUUUAUGGGUGAGGGUUACAUAAGAAAGGUUCGAGAUACUGCGAAUUCUUGUAGGCAAAUCUACCUAAUGGAAUUAGCUCUCUAUGCUGAUACUAUCACUGUAGACUAUGACCUAUGGAGGCAACGACGAGUGAAGAGUCAAGUAACCCCACCGAUUGAUGAAGCUUACCGGAAUCCGUUCUCAGAGAAAAUCCCAUCCGAGCUAGAAAUUGCAAGACAUGAAUUUGAACGUGAAAAAGCCAAACUGUUGCGAGAUAUCAGUUCUCUCCCGGAGGAGAACUACCAACUGAAGAUUGAUGUUGAAAUUGAAAAAUUUAGAACCGAAAAAGUCCAAAAAGAAGUUGAAGUUACGAGAAAGGAUUUAAGGGACCUUCAUUUGGAAAACAAGAAAUUAAGGGGCACUAUAAGAAAUAGUGGAUUGGGCAAAGCAUCAGCAGAAUGGAAGGAGGAACUAAGUAAUAUCAAAGGUGGGAUGGAAUUCUAG